AUGUUUAUGUUGCAUAAAAAAGGUGACCCAUCUGAUCCUGCUAAUUACCGCGGUCUUGCAAUGAUCAAUGUAAUAACAAAAGUCUUCACAUCAAUAAUUAAAAAGAGAAUAGUAACCUGGAUCGAAAGGACUGGUGUUUUGCCUGAAGAACAAGCGGGCCAAGCUGUUGACCAAGCUUAUGACCAAGCAAUUCUCCAAGUUAGAUCAGAGAGACUUCUCUCGGGAGCGUUUGAGGUUACGGAGGGGGUUCUCCAAGGUGAAAUUUUGAGUCCCAUCCUGUUUAUUCUAUACUUAUCUGAUAUAGUUGACUUUUUUAGAUCUAGGGAGGCACUGGGUAUACAAAUAAAUAACGUCUACGACCUGUUAAUGCUCUUAUAUGCUGAUGAUCUUGUCAUUCUAGCUAGAACAAUCAACGAACUCAAAAAAUCUUUAAAAAUACUUGAAGAAUAUUGUACGUGCAAUUUCCUAAUCGUUAACAUAAAUAAGACUAAAAUUAUGCACUUUAGAAGAGGUGGUCCGAGGGAGAAGAGGAGUCUCCUUCUCAACGGUAAAACCAUUGAAUGGGUAGAUGAGUACAUUUACCUUGGGGUUCCCUUCACCAGUUCAACUCUUGGGUUGACCGCUGCUAAAGCUGCUUCCCAAAAAGCGCAAUCUGCAGCAGGUGCUGGAUUGGCGACACUUGCCAAUAUCAAAGCUGAAUCCUGGCAGGGUACCCUAAGGAUUUUUGACGCAAUAGUAGCCAGUACACUUUUAUACGCCUCCCACCUCUGGGGGCUCAGAUAUCUUGACUUACUUGAAAAAUCGCAACUGAGCUUCUUUAAAAGACUCCUCCUCCUUCCCUCGGGCACCCCGAGCGCUGCAUUAAAACAUGAACUUGACAUGGCAAAUGUAAAGACCAGGGUUCUGAGAUCGGCUCUUGGAUGGAUCAGUAAAAUCCUUGACAUGGGGGACCACCGUAUCCCCAAAAUCUUUUAUAACAGACUUUUACAAUUGUCUGAUACGCCUAGCACUGACUUGAAAUAUAACUGGAUUGCCCAGCUCAAGCCUUUGCUUGAGCUGGGAAAUGCACCUUCGACAAUUUGGUUUAGCCACUCCAGCUCUCACUGGAAAAGGUUAACACCUAAAAUCCUUGACUCAUUCACUGCCCAUCUCAGACGCCUUGAUCUAAAUAUUAUUGAGGAUAAAACCUCCUGUCAAGUCAACAUCCCAAGAGAACUGGGUGCACCUACUGCAUCUUAUUUAAUUAACAGUUCGUUGUACACAGCCAGAGUUAUAGCACAAGCAAGACUAGCCAACAACCACUAUUACAGGUUUAGCUUCAAGCGCAUGCACUUCGGAUUAGACCCUCAGCUCCCCUGUUCCAUCUGCAACCUUCACGAAAAGGAAAACCUAGCACAUAUCUUCCUCAUAUGCCCGAUAUAUAACCCUUACAGAGAUCAUUUUCUCUCCUCUUUACUGUCGUCUCUAACGCCUGACGUUGAUGAUGACAAUUUACUACAUCUCCACUUACUUUACGACCCUAGACCAUCGACAAUUCCUAAAGAUCGUAAAAGACAGCAACGAUGUGUUGAUGAGAACUCAAGCACUGGAAAGAAUAAACGUCAGAAACUUACCUGUUUCACUGCUACUGAUGAUGAAUUAAUCACUGGACAAACUGAUAAUAAAAAUGCUAGUAGUCAUCAAGAAAUUCAAUUAAAUAUUGAUUUAAGCUCUGAGCCCGAAAAUUAUAAUAAUUUUGUAACUCCAAAUAAUGCAGAGCUCGUCGUUGAACCACCUAUGCAAACAGUUUCAACAUGUGAUGCUGACAGUCAAACAGAAGAAGAUACGGAAGUUAAACAAUUAAAAAAGUGCAUUGAAUGUCUGGAGAAAAAAUUAGAGAGUGAAGCCUUCGAUGUCGAUUCAUGUCGGAAUAAUGUCAAAAAAUUUAAAUAUUAUACUGGUUUAAAACCAGAAGAUUUUGAUACUUUAUGGAAAUUUCUGGGACCUCCUGUUGCUGAAUCAUUGAGAAAGUGGCUGACUACUGAACCUAAAACGAAUCGUGAAUCGUCACGGACACAAACAAAAGUUUCAUUAAAAAAUCAACUUUUUCUAACAAAAUUUAAGAAUAUUCGUGUUAUAAUUGAUUGUUUUGAAUGGAAUAUGCAAAAGUCUAAAAAUUUCAAUCAACAAGGGAACACAUACUCAAGUUACAAAUCACACAACACUGUCAAAUUUUUGGUCGAAAUAAUCUCAACUGGAGGAUUCUGCUUUCUAUCUGAUGGUUUCGAGGGUCGUAUUAGUGAUAAAGAAAUAACAAUAAAAAGUGGACUUUUUAAUUAUAUAAAACAAGGAGAUUCAAUAAUUGCAGAUCGGGGAUUUAAUCUCGAAGAAUUGUGUAAUAAACAAAGUGAUCAUUAA